AAGCCCACGAAGCCCAUGAAAUCUUCUUACAUUGGGCUGAGAUCCGGGCUCCCGCGUGCCAAAGCCCACCCGGCACCCCACAGUCGUAUUCUCAUCCCCAUUCCUCGCCGCUCUCCCGCGCCUCCGCCGCCGCCGCCAAGGAUGGGGAGGGUGCCGGCGCAAGCCAUGCGCGCCGCCAAGGUCCCCCGCCACGCCCUCGUCCCGAAGCCCUCCGCGGCGUCCACCCCGCCGCCCCCUCCCCCGCCACCACAGGGGCCUCGUCCCGCCGACGGUAAACCUCCCCACGGCAAGCCGCCCCGGAGAACCACCAGGGGCCCCUCCGAGCACGCGGGGGCCCUGGCCCUGCCGGACCGGCCAGCGCCGCUGGCCGAGAAGAGGCCCAUCACCACGCCCGCGGAGCUCUCGGCGGCCAUCCGCGCCGCGGUGGACGCCGACGUGGACGCGGCCGCCUCGCUCGCGCUCAAGGCCGCGCCCACCAUCCCGCUCCCUGCGCAGUCGCUCGCCCUCAUCCUCCGCCGCCUCGCCGCGCAUCGCUCCGUCGCCGCGGCGCGGGACCUCCUCGCGGCGCUCCCGUACUCCGCCGACAACCCCGCGCCGCGCCCGGCGCUGCUGGCCCUCGCUGACGCCUGCUGCCGCCGCGGCGACCCGCGCGAGAUCGGGCAGCUCCUCCCGGUGCUCGCCGACCACGGCGUCCGCGCCGACGCCCACGUCUACAACGCCCUCAUGAAGGGGCACUGCGCCGACUCCGACACCGCGGGGCUCCUUGGCGUGCUCCGCCGGAUGAAGGACGACGGCGUGGACCCCGACCUCGUCACCUACAACACCCUCGUCUACGGCCUCGCGCGCGCCGGGCUCGUCGCCAAGGCCAGGACCUACCUGGACGCCAUGGCUGCCCAGGGCCUCUUCCCGGACGUCAUCACCUACACCUCGCUCAUGAACGGGAUGUGCGUCAAGGGCGACGCCCUUGGCGCGCUCAAGCUGCUUGAGGAAAUGCAGGCCAAUGGGUGCGAGCCCAAUGACCGGACGUACAACACGCUGCUCAUGGGGCUCUGCAGGAACAGGAAGCUGGACAAGGCCUUCGAGGUGUACAAGUCCAUUGUAGGGGCUGGGAUGAAGCUCGAGCCGCCGGCGUACGCGACGUUCAUCAGGGCAUUGUGUCGGGCGGGGAGGGUUCCAGAUGCAUAUGAGGUUUUUGAUUACGGGAUCGAGAGCAAGAGCUUUGCACAGGCGACCGCGUACAGUGAGCUCGAGAGCUCGCUCAAGUGGCUCCGCAAGAUGAAGGAGUAGGAUGAAGGCGCGAGGAAGGCGAAUAAGGCACCUGAUUCAAUAACCAUCACCAUUAUACAGAAGAUCAUGGUUUUAACCCUUGGGACGGGUGAGGAGUUGCGAUGCGGCACAAUAUCGCUUUCGCAACAUCGGACUGGAAGGGUUUUCAUCAUGAAACAGGAAAGAAGAACACACUGGACUGCUUUUGACCCCAGGAGGAUCAGAUUUGCUGUACCUAUGUGAAUGGACCAACCGAGAUCUUGAUUCCGGAAGCGGCUCGGGGAGAGGUGGAGGGUUGCUGCCUGUUUACGGAGUUGAGCAGAGGAUUCGUGGAAACAGAGCCACUGUGUUGCAUAAAAUCGUUCAUUUUUUGGGUGUGUGACAGAUUUUGGUGGACUGGGAAUCGGAUUUCUCAUGCUGACGGUCGUUUUUUUUAAACUGCUGACGGUCUGCUUGUUGGUUGAUAGGCUCUGCGCUUUGAGCUUUGGCUUGCCAAAUCGCCUGCAGACACAAGACUGGAAUCCAUGCCAGCUAACUAUAGCUAUCUGAACCUUAGUAAACACACAAGACAUGAUUAACCAACAAACUUUUCCUUUCUCAAGUCUUAUAUUUACCCAUAUGAAAUAGGGUUUGUUUUUUUUUUGU